AUGGCAACAGAACCAGAGUCACUGUUCGUUCGUGCGACGGGGACGGCUGCACUUCUGCGAACCCGAUUGCCGGAGGCGUUGCAUCACCCCAAAUUAGCAAUCGUGUGCGGCUCCGGGCUGGGUGGGCUUCAGUAUACCGUGAACCAGGAGUUGAAGGUGGAGAUACCGUAUCAAGAUGUCCCAGGAUUUCCACAGAGUACUGUUCCUGGGCAUGACGGAAAGCUUGUGUUCGGCACUGUAGGCGAAUCGAGUACGCCGAUCGUUCUACUUGUUGGACGUGCACAUUUCUACGAAGGCCACGAUAUGGGGGUGGCAACAUAUGCUACACGCGUUUGCAAGAUCCUUGGCGUUGAGAUCAUGAUAGUGACCAAUGCCGCCGGCGGACUCAAUCAGACAUACAAUGUUGGAGAUAUAAUACUGCUCAAUGAUCACCUGAACAUGGCUGGCAUUGUUGGUUUCCAUCCCCUUCGCGGGUCCAAUGCCGAAGACUUCGGUGUUCGCUUCCCUCCAAUGUCGGAUGCAUACGAUCUCGAGCUGCGGCGACGAGCACAUGCGGCUUGGAAAAUCGUCCUGGAUCGUACCCCAGGCAAUCCACGUCGAUUACAUGAGGGCGUAUAUGCCUUCUGUGCGGGGCCAAGCUUCGAAACCCGAGCAGAAUGCCGAAUGCUUCGCACACUUGGCGCAGACGUUGUCGGCAUGUCAACAGUGCCAGAGAUCACCGUUGCAAGGCACUCGGGUAUCCGGGUGCUCGCAUUCAGCCUUGUCACAAACAAGUCUGUUCUUGAGGCAGGCGUUCGCGGUGACGAUCCGCAAGUGCAAGGGAUGAGGAAGGAUGAGCUUGAGGAAUUCCUCGGUCGUGGAAAAGCCAACCACGAGGAGGUGCUAGAGACAGGACGGUUCGCUGCUGAAGAUAUGCAGGCUCUCGUGAAGCAAAUCCUGGCUGAUAUACAUAAGCCGUGA